AUGGUCGAUUAUAUGAAGGAAAUUGGGAAAAUGAUUUAAAAUAUGGAAGGUUAUUAUUUAUAUUAAAAUAAAAAAUUAAAUAAAAAAAGAGGUUAUGAAAAAUUUUAAAACGGAAGUUAUUAUGAGGGAUAGUAUAUUAACGGAAAACCAGAAGGAAUAGGAAGAUAUACAAGUUACAAUAAAGAAACUUAUGAUGGCUAAUGGGUAAAUGGAAUGAAACAUGGAAAUGGAAUAUGGAGAGGAAAUAAUAAGGAUUCUUAUGUUGGGGAAUGGAAAUAUGGAAAGGCAGAUGGAUAAGGAGUUCAUAUAUGGAAUAAUG